AUGUGGAAACUCCUUUACCUCGGAAUGGUUUAUAUCCAUCACGUGACCUCUAAUUCCGUCAUUCGUGUUAGCGGGGGACUUUUGUCGGGCGUACAACUUCCAGUGUCACAAGGUCAAGUGAUGGCAUUUUUAGGUGUGCCGUACGCGAAAGCACCAUUAGGCAAUUUGCGAUUUCAGAAACCGGAUGUUGCUGUAAAAUGGACUGACAUACACAAUGCGACAACGUUUGGUCCAAAUUGUAUGCAGAGCAUAGAGAGUGACGAGCUUGAGUUGUUGAAAAUGAGCGAAAACUGUUUAUUUCUUAAUAUUUAUGUACCCGACAAUAUUAAUACCACAAACAACUACCAACUUCCGGUAGUUGUGAUUGUUCAUCCAGGUAACUUUCAGGAAGGUUCUGGUGGAAUGAUCGAUGGGAAAUCCAUUUCUGUCUCUAACCACGUGAUUGUAGUGACGUUUAACUUCCGUCUCGGGAUAUUCGGGUUUCUGUCAUUGAGUGGACAUUACCCGGGUAACGCGGGCCUAAUGGAUCAGGUGGCGGUGUUACAGUGGGUGAAACAGAACAUCGCACAUUUCAAUGGAAAUCCGAAAAACGUUGUGUUAAUAUGUGAUUAUUUUACGUCUUUAAGACACAUCUCGAGUAAGUUUAGUGGUUUGUAUGAAAAGGUUAUAACGUACAAUAGUGGCGUGGAGUUCGGAAACACCAAUAAAACAAAUAUAUUCUUUGAGUCCAAUCACAUACGACAGCGCUGUAGAUCGAUUGGCCUCCCAUUACAGAAGUGCUUACUGCAGCUUGAUGCAUCGUUCCUUCUGAAUUCGUCAACGAAUUACGCACGACGCCAAGAACUUCUUUUAUUUUGGCCCGUGCAUGAUCACAAUUUCCCAGAUAUAGCUUAUGGGACUAUUUCGGGUGUACAUAUUUCUUCUGUGAACAUAGCAGAUCUGAUCAUCACUGACAUACCAUUUUUUAACCAAAGAGACAGCCAUCUGAUGGACUGUGAUGCGGCAGAUUUUGACGACCUGAGUCGGAACGUAGUGGAAAUAUUAACAAGAAAAACAGAUGAGAGGUCAAAACAGAUAUUGCUGAAAACUCUGAAAGCUUUCUACUACUCGGAACAAUCAAACUGUUCCGGUUUGUUAACCGAUUACCUCUGGUCCAGUAUUCUUUCUUUUACAAACUCAUAUUACACGAAGGGCUUGACCCUGUUGAUCAGCUCAGAACGUUCUGAUUCCAAAGACAGGAGUUUGGCCACUACUUUAUUGUGUGUUUUGACGAACUGCAGCACAAAUGUUCAGUCCGUCAGUCACGCUUUGGCGGAGUUUCUCAGAUAUGGUUAUCCGACCUUCUCUGACGAUCGAAUCGUGUGGAGGCCAUACACGCCGAUGUCCAAGAACUACCUGUCGAUCAGAAACGGUAACCUAGCAACAGGUGAUGCCAGUUCCUGGCCAUUCCACCGACUGGAAUUACUUUGGUUCGAGCUCUUACCUCUACUAGGUGUUAAGAAUGCAUCGGGAAAAAAUGAGGACAGAAACCGGGACAUAGAUGUGCCGCAUAACACAUGCGUUACAAGUUACGCCGAAGAACAGUGGGGAUUAUCAUCGUCCCAGCUAGAGGCCUUCCUAUUCAGCCUUAUCCUGGUCACACUUUUCCUACUAGUCAUCGUCACAGCACUCUUCCGAAUCCUGUGUCACUUCCGUGGCAGGAAAUUCUACAAGGCGCGAAGUCAAGGAAAGAAAAGGAAAACUGAAGAAAUGCCAUCAAAUCAUGUAGGAACACAGAAUCAUGUUGUUAAAUUAAACCACAUAGGAACAGAAAACAACACAAGGUCACGAAAUUCUACACAACGAGACAGUCUUACCGAGAUACACUGCCACAGUGUUCAUUCUACAACACCCUUGUAA